AAUUAAUAUUAAGAUAAUGGCGAGGUUAACAAACUCAUUCUAAAAUUUCAGAUAAUGUAUAAAUAUGCUAGUUUAGGUAAAUAAUUAAAUAAGUAAGAUAAAUUAUCAAUGCGCACGACAGUAUCCAGGACAAGUUCUAUACCAAAACAUUCGUUAUUUAUUUUCUUCAAAUUGUCUUAUGACUUCGAUUCCAAACUAUUACAAACAGACAGGUACAUUAUCAUCAUCAUCAUCAUAUCAGCCGUUAACUAUCCACUGCUUAACAUAGGCCUUAUAGGCCCAUAAAGCGGGAACUUGCCGAUAGUUGCCGAAUGAGGCGGCUGGCAAUCACAAUUAUUUGUUGGGUUUAGUGAUGUUUUAAAAAGGACGCUACUAUCUAUCCCUCAACCAUUAAGCUCCCUUAGUUGCUUCUUACGACUAUAAGGAAAAAGGGGUGGUCCAUUCUAUGCCGGGACUACACGGCAACUAGGCACAUACAAAAACCUAAUAUUGGAAUAAUAAUUGAAUAAUUAAGAGCCUGUAUUUAGCUAUACAAAAUUAUGUUCUCUCUUAUUUUUUCAAACCUCCAAUACAUUAUCCUACUCUUAUAUAUAAUUAUAUAAUAUUGGCGGAAGAGUUAUAAUAAAUAAUUUCAAGAUAACUUGUCCUAUGUUUUAAUAAAAAUUUUCUUUGUGGAUUUUUAUACCUUAUCAAAUGGUCAUAGGCUAUUAAAACACAUACAUUCUGAAAUUGUCACCAAGUCUACAUUGUAAUUCUUCAAAGGACUUCAGCUUUAGUUGAAUAUUGAGUGUGCAACAAUGUAUUAUUAUAAGUUGAUAUUUUUACAAUUGAUAUUUAGUUUUACAAAUGGAUACCAUACAAAAUUGUCGAAUGGAAAUAUAUACGAUAUUAGCACCCAAAAGACUGGAAUACAGGAUAAUUCUACUGAAAGUAUCGAGAAGAUAAAAAUAAAUAUAAAAGUAUAUUAUGAGACCCAUUGUCCAGCCAGCGUGACUUUCUUCAGGACUCAACUUCGACCUGUUGUGGAGAAAUUAGGCUCGUAUUUAGACGUUCAUCUAAUUCCAUAUGGACAUGCCAGGACUCUUAAAGUGCGCGGGAGGUACCACUUCAGAUGCCAACAUGGACCGGAGGAAUGUUAUGGCAAUAAGUUACACGCAUGCACCGUGGACGCAUUGCAAAAUAACACUCGAGCGGUCAUGUUUAACGCCUGUCUUAUGCAAUUUUCUGGAUAUAGAUCUGAAAAUAACAACGCAUUUAUAUUAAGUAUGUGCGGGUAUAUCUUAAAUUUACCUAUAAACGAUAUUUCGGAGUGUAUUAACAGCGAACGCUCUUCUCUUCUACUGAAAGGAUAUGGGGAGGAAACUCGUUUGUUAAGACCCAAGUAUGUGCCUUAUGUAAUAAUAGAGGAUCCCGCCUAUGGUCAAUUCCAAUUAACCAAUGAUCUCAAGGCAACAGUAUGCCGAAUUUUUCAUCAAGUACCUCCGCCUUGUUCUAGAAUUUAGUUUUAGAUAAGUUACCUAUAAUAAAAAGUGUAAAUAUUUUACAUUUACGUGUAAACAUUUUAAUGUAUGUGUAAUUAUGAAUAAAUUGUAUAAUUAUC